AUGUCUGGAUCAUCAUGGGCCGAUCGCCAGUGUGAUCUUAAAGAAGGCAUCUAUUAUAUCCGAAAUUCCAGCUUGGAUUGUUAUGCUGGCAUUCUCCGCAAUGGUAGUGACAACGCACUUCGUGGAGUGUCCAAUGAUCCCAAGAAGUACUACAUGAAGUGGCGCGUGGUUGAUUCUGUAGAUUGGGGCACCCGUAAGGUCUACUCGAUCACCGAGGCCGAUAGUGGAUUCAACUUGGGUCUGGAUGACUCGGACCUCAGACAAAACAAACCUGAGGCUGUCCAGCGCAGCCGAUACAGCGGCAUCUGGUACUUCUCGAAGACUGACACAGGUUACAUGAUUUUUGACGGUCGUGACAAGGUGUGGAACCUCGACAAGAGAGGCGAACCGAUCAUACUCUCCGACAAGGAUAUCUUCGGCGAGGGUGCCUUCAACAGAAAUGCCAUCCGCAGACGUGCCCUCGAAAAAUAUCCGAAACCCCAGAGCUGGCAAUUCGUGCCAGCCAAUGAAAUCCCAUCCAUCAUCGAUUAUCCCACAACCGGCGUAUAUUACAUCCAAAAUCUCAGCAAAUUGGAUUGUUACGCUGGCGUUCGCAAGGAUGACUGCGCACUUCGUGGAGUAGCCAAUGAUCCCGAGCAGUACAGCGUGAAGUGGCGCGUAAUUUAUCUGCAUCCCAGUGAGGACGAUCCAGACUGGCACGCCCACCGUAUCAUCGAUGUCAAUGAAGUAUGCGGUUUGGGCAUGGGUGGUGGCGUCGGACAAAACCCAACUGUCCUCCCCGAGCACCACCUUGGGUUGUGGUUCAUCAGGAAGACUGGCACGGGUCACAUUAUUUCUCCGUUCCAUGACGACAAAUACACUUUAUACCUUGGCAACAAAGACGAGCUAAUCGUGGUCUCCGACGAAGCAGAUCCCCAGAGCUGGCGAUUCGUGCAGGCUGAAUAACACCGUGUUGCUGAAAGCAACCGCAUUGGGAGAAGGUUGGGAGAGGGCAAGUAUUACCACCCUGAAACAAUAAGAAUGCAGUCCGUCGUUUCGAGUGCGUAAUAAGUUGUUUGCAGGUGCUGAAGAUGAGAUUGGGCAUGUUGUGUAUCGUUGAUGCGGACUAGAGUGGUGGUGGAUGGUUGUACUUUGAUAGGUAUAAAAGAAAGAUGACUGCCACAUCCUACUCCAGGUUAUUUACUAAAAAUCUAUGUUGUCCUUAAGGUCUCA